AUGGACUUGCUGUCUGGGACGUAUAUAUUUGCAGUCCUGUUAGCAUGCGUCGUGUUUCAGUCUGACGCCCAGGAGAAAAACUACACAGUCCGAGAAGAAAUGCCAGAAAAUGUUCUGAUAGGUGACUUGCUGAAAGAACUCAACUUGUCACUGAUUCCAGAGAAGUCCCUCACAUCUCCUAUGCAGUUUAAGCUAGUGUACAAGACUGGAGAUGUGCCCCUGAUUCGAAUUGAAGAGGGCACUGGUGAGAUCUUCACUGCUGGAACUCGCAUUGAUCGUGAGAAAUUAUGUGCUGAUAUCCUGGUGGAAACCCGUUGCUUUUAUGAAGUGGAGGUUGCCGUUUUGCCAGAUGAAAUAUUUAGACUGGUUAAGAUACGUUUUCUGUUAGAAGACAUAAAUGAUAACGCACCAUUAUUCCCAGCAACAGUCAUCAAUAUAUCAAUUCCGGAGAACUCGGCUAUAAACUCUCGGUAUGCUCUCCCAGCAGAUAUUGAUCCUGACAUAGGAAUAAAUGGAGUUCAAAACUACCAACUGAUUAAGGGUCAAAGUAUGUUUCGGCUUGAUGUCAUUGAAACACCAGAAGGAGACAAGACGCCACAGCUAAUUGUUCAAAAGGAGUUAGAUAGAGAAGAGAAGGAUACAUAUGUAAUGAAAGUAAAGGUUGAAGAUGGUGGCUUUCCUCAAAGAUCCAGUACUGCUAUUUUGCAAAUAAAUGUUGCUGACACAAAUGACAACCACCCAGUAUUCAAGGAGAAUGAGAUUGAAAUCAGUAUACCAGAAAAUGCUCCUGUAGGUACUUCAGUAACACAAGUCCAUGCCACAGAUGCCGACAUAGGUGAAAAUGCCAAGAUUCACUUCUAUUUCAGCAAUCUAGUCUCCAACAUCGCCAAGAAACUAUUUCACCUGAACAACAUCACCGGACUUAUCACAAUCAAAGAACCACUGGAUAGGGAAGAAUCACCAAACCAUAAGUUACAGGUUUUGGCAAGUGAUGGUGGAUUGAUGCCAGCAAGAGCAAUGGUUCUAGUAAAUGUUACAGAUAUCAAUGACAAUGUCCCAUCAAUUGACAUAAGAUACAUCAUUAAUCCAAUCAAUGGUACUGUGAUUCUUUCAGAAAAUGCUCCACUUAACACCAAAAUUGCUCUCAUAACUGUGACAGAUAAAGAUGCUGACCAUAAUGGCAGGGUGACAUGCUUCACAGAUCAUGAAGUCCCUUUCAGAUUAAGGCCAGUGUUCAGUAAUCAGUUCCUCCUGGAGACUGCUGCAUAUCUUGACUAUGAGUCCACAAGAGAAUACGCCAUUAAAUUGCUAGCUGUAGAUGCUGGAAAACCUCCUUUGAAUCAAUCAUCCAUGCUCCUUGUCAAAGUCAAAGAUGAAAAUGACAAUGCUCCAGUUUUCAUCCAGCCUUUUAUAAGUCUUUCUGUUGCUGAGAAUAACUCUCCUGGCACCAAGUUGACAAAAAUAAGUGCAGUGGAUGCAGACAGUGGGCACAAUGCUGAAAUCAAUUAUCUGCUAGGUGUUGAUGCUCCAUCUGAAUUCAACCUGGAUCAUCGUACAGGCAUUCUAACUGCAGGGAAGAAACUAGAUAGAGAGAAACAAGAAAAAUAUUCCUUCACAGUUCUGGCAAAAGAUAAUGGGAUACCAUCCUUCAUGACCAAUGCCACAGUCUUAGUGACCAUUCUUGAUCAGAAUGAUAACAGUCCAAUUUUUACUCACAAUGAGUACAACUUCUAUGUCCCAGAAAACCUUCCAAGACAUGGCACAGUAGGACUAAUCACUGUAACUGAUCCUGAUUAUGGAGAAAAUUCUGCAGUCACCCUCUCUAUUUUAGAUGUGAAUGAUGACUUCACCAUUGAUCCACAAACUGGUGUUAUCCGACCAAAUAUUUCAUUUGACAGAGAAAAGCAAGAAUCUUAUACUUUCUAUGUAAAGGCUGAGGAUGGUGGUAAGGUAUCACAUUCUUCAACUGCCAAAGUGACAAUAAAUGUGAUUGAUGUCAAUGACAACAAACCAGUUUUUGUUGUCCCUUCUUCCAACAACUCCUAUGAAUUGGUUCUACCAUCCACUAAUCCAGGCACAGUGGUCUUCACAGUAGUUGCUAUUGACAAUGACACUGGCAUGAAUGCAGAGCUUCAUUACAACAUUGUAGGAGGAAACACAAAAGGUCUAUUUAUAAUUGACCAAACAACAGGCAACAUAACACUGAAGGAGAAAUGUGUUGUUACAGACCUUGGUUUACACAGACUGGUAGUCAAAGCUAAGGACUUAGGACAACCUGAUUCUCUCUUCAAUGUUGUAAUUGUUAAUCUAUUUGUGAAUGAGUCAGUGACCAAUGCUACACUGAUUCAUGAACUGGUACACAAAAACAUUGAAACACCAGUGACCCCAAAUACUAAGACAACUGAUGCAUCCUCACCAACCAGUGACUAUGUCAAGAUCACGGUUGCUAUUAUUGCUGGCACCAUAACUGUCAUCAUUGUUAUUUUCAUUACUGCUAUAGUAAGAUGCUGCCAAUCACCACACCUUAAGACUGCUCAGAAAAACAAGCAGAAUUCUGAAUGGGUUACUCCAAACCCAGAAAACAAGCAGAUGAUAAUGAUGAUGAUGAAGAAGAAGAGGAAGAAGAAGAAGAAAAAGAAGAAGAGGAAGCAUGCCCCUAAUAACUUGCUGCUUAACUUUGUCACUAUUGAAGAAACUAAGGCAGAUGAUGCUGAGAAUGAUGGAAACAGUGCCACACUAGACGUUCCCAUUCAACUGGAAGAACAAACCAUGGGCAAGUACAAUUGGGGCACUAUACCUACUACCUUCAAGCCUGACAUCCCUGAUUUGGCCUGGCAUUACAAAUCUGCCUCUCCACAGCCUGCCUUCCAGAUCCAGCCUGAAACUCCCCUGAAUUUGAAGCACCACAUCAUCCAUGAACUGCCUCUUGAUAACACUUUUGUGGCUUGUGAUUCCAUCUCCAAGUGUUCCUCCAGCAGUUCUGAUCCUUACAGUGUUUCUGAAUACAGCUAUUCAGUGACAACUUUCAAGACUCCUGCAUCUAUACACACCAGACCGGUAGUUAAUCCAAGUUUCUAA